GUGUUUCGUACAGGAAGGCUUAGUGUCAUCCUCUCAGUGAUGUGUACAAUGUGUUCCACUGCACUUCUGUUCUGGCUCACUUCAGCAGCAGUGACAGUCUCCUGCAGCAGUGGGGUAUCUACGGAAAUACAUGUAUAUGGAAGAAAAGGGCACUUUAUUCAGAUGGACUUUCCAGCACAAUCUGAGCAAAACCCCCAUGCCACAUGGAUGCAGACAAUUGGGAACCAGAUGAAAAGAAUGGUCCAAAACAACAGCGUAACAUUUCCGUUUAAGCAUAGAGUGGCAUUCUUUAAGGGAAACCUUUCCAUCCAAUUGAACAAUCUGACUUACAAUGACAGUGGAGUUUACAUUGGCUAUAAACACAAGGACCAAUGGACGGAGGUUGCUGUAGUCUCCUACAAAUUAGUAAUCCAGGACGCUGUGUCCACACCAGUCAUAAAGAUAUCCCCCAUUCAGCCCCUGGACAACACAUCAGGACAGAACUGCAGCUUCAAUGUAAACUGCUCCUCUUCCAAAUCGUGGGCUUCAUACAGCUGUGAUGAGAAUGGGUGUACAUAUCUGCAGUCAUCCCUGUCAGCCAAAGACAACAUCAACAUCACCAGUGCCAACGGACAUGUCAAGUGCAACGCCAGCAAUCCUGUCAGCACAGAGAUGAGUUCUCAACAGUUUCCUAAGGAUUGUGGUAAAGUCACCACAAUGGACUCAUGGCACAACCUCGAUCUUCAUCGAGAUGUGAUCCUCACAAUAAGUGCCAUCAUUUGCGCUGCACUGCUGUUGCUUGUGUGUGGUACUCUCAUAUGGAAAAAGUGUCGCAACUCGAAAGCUGAGGAAACACCUAACAAGCGCAACAACAUACCAACAGUCAUUGUCACAGGAAGUGAUGCCGAUGAACCCAGCGUGUCCAUCUACAGUGUCAUCAACAAGGCUGCCAAAUGCUCUGUUGUGGACCAUUCAGCUACCACAUCACAAAAUAAGAAAACAACCACAUCACAAAAUAAGACAUACAGGCCCCAAAAUACAGAAGAAGAGCAUAGAUCCCAGCGCCAGCAGAGAAAAAAAGGGAAACAGCGACCUCUGGUGGACAAUGAUAUUACCAUAUACUCCACCGCAACAAAACCACUGGAGACGCAGAACCCUACAGAGGACACAGACAGGACUAUAUACACCACGGCGACAAAACCACUGGAAGGACAGCGCCCCCAGGAGGACACAACUGUAACAGUAUAUGAUACAGCAAGAGCCAGGACACAGACAGAAACAGAAACAAACCAGGCUGACACAGUCUAUUACACACUGGGACACAUGACGAGUGGUCAGCAAUGAUGAAUGUAGUGAGACUACAAAGGACAUAAUAACAUUCAGGAUACA